AUGUACAUCUCACUACCGCCGCCAAGCUUGCAGAAGGCUGCUUCUUCAAGAUUUGAUCGCCGACGUUAUCCGCUGACACCGUCGACCAUAACACCUCCAUCACUGACCGCGCACACAUCAUCAGCAUCGCGGCAAGGACAAAGCACAAACGAUCAAUACGGGGCCUCAGCAUUGCUUGCGCGGGUUGCCUCAAGUCCUCCAUCGCCCCAAUCGACUUUAAAUUGUCCGCCCUUCUCUUCUGCCUCAAACUCAAAUCUACCCAUCACAAAAUUGGAUGAACAUAAAAGGCAAGAGGCUUUUGCCAAUACGCUUACCCCAUUUCAAGAUGGAUACACAAGCUUUCCCGACUUCGACAGAUUUGGAAGCCCACGACCUUCAUGA